UUUCAUUCAUUCUCUGUGAGGCAAUGUUGAGCUUUUUACGCUGAGCAGUUUGCGUUUUUAACUCAUUUCGUGCCUUGAUCUCGUCGGCUUAGCCAAUCAAGCAGCUCCGAUCUGCAAAUAUAAUUACUGCUCUGUACAGCACACUGAAGUGGUGGCCUUAUUUUCUCUGUACCGAAAAAGUGAUAAGGAUAGUGUAGUAAGUUGUUCUUUGGUGCAUCCCCGGAGAAAGUUGACCAAGGAGAGAAAAAAAAAACAGGCAGAAUGGGAGUGCCAAAGGUCUACGUCGUCGGGGUCGGAAUGACUAAAUUCGAGAAACCUGGCCGCCGAGAGGACUUUGACUACCCGCAGAUGGCCAAGGAAGCCGUGACGAAGGCUCUGAAGGAUGCCCGCAUAAAGUACGAGGAAGUUCAACAGGCCACCGUUGGCUACGUGUACGGUGACUCGACUUGUGGCCAGCGAGCCCUGUACGAAAUCGGAUUCACCGGUAUACCGGUGUACAACGUGAACAACAACUGCUCGACUGGUUCGACAGCCUUACUGUUGGCUAAGCAGCUGAUCGAAACCGGCAAUAAUGAUUGCGUUCUGGCUCUUGGAUUCGAAAAGAUGGAACGUGGCUCGUUAACGUCCAAGUAUAUGGAUCGAACUAAUCCGGUUGAGUUGCUCGUCACGGCUAUGGCCGAAAAGCACGACAUCACGGGAGCACCGAUUUCUGCUCAACUGUUUGGCAAUGCUGGCCUGGAACACAUGAAGAAGUAUGGUACGAAGCCAGAGCACUUUGCCAAAAUCGCGUACAAAAACCACAAACAUUCCAUCAAUAAUCCCUACUCGCAGUUCCAGGACGAGUACUCGUUCGAGCAGAUUGUCAAGUCAUCGAAUGUACACGAGUUCCUUACCAAGUUGCAGUGUUGCCCAACCAGCGAUGGGGCUGCAUGUUGCAUUGUAGCAUCGGAGAACUUCGUUAAACGACAUGGAUUGGAAGCGCAGGCCGUAGAAAUCAUUGCAAUGGAAAUGUCCACCGAUUUACCGUCAUCUUUUAGCGAAGGCAGCGCAAUGAAAAUUGUUGGCUACGACAUGACUCGUAACGCUGCUGAGAAGGUCUUUAGCAAGACCAACUACAAACCACAGGACGUGGAUGUGGUAGAACUUCACGAUUGCUUCUCCGCAAACGAAUUGAUCACCUAUGAGGCACUGGGACUUUGCCAGCCUGGUAAAGCUGCCGAGUUCAUCGAUCGAGGUGACAACACGUACGGGGGACGGGUCGUUGUCAAUCCCAGCGGCGGUUUGAUUUCCAAGGGUCAUCCACUUGGUGCUACGGGGCUGGCUCAGUGUUCAGAACUUUGCUGGCAAUUGCGAGGCGAAGCCGAUAAGCGGCAGGUCAAGGGAGCUAAACUGGCACUUCAGCACAACAUUGGUCUGGGAGGUGCGGCAGUAGUGGCUCUGUAUCGAUUGGGUUUCCCAUAUACCCGAAAUCCGAUUAAAACUAAUUUGACGGCCGGUGGAAAACUCAAAGAUACACCCGAAGGUUUUCUGGUGGCUCCCUACAUGAAACUGCUGGAAGAAGCCAUGGCAGACGACAAGGACAAACUGAUCGAGAAAGUACGAGGAAUCUACGGAUUCAAGGUAACCAACGGUCCGGAUGGUGCCGAGGGAUACUGGGUUAUUAACGCUAAGACUGGAAAGGGUUCCGUUACGUACAAGGGAACGGAGAAACCCGACGUAACAUUCAUCAUUAACGACAUUGACGUUGUUGACCUGAUUUCUGGCAAAUUGAACCCACAGAAGGCAUUCUUCCAGGGCAAGGUUAAGGUACAGGGUAACAUGGGACUGGCCAUGAAGCUUGUUGAUUUGCAGAAGAGUGCAAAUUCGCGCAUCGAGGAACUUCGAUCGAAGCUGUAAAGUGUAGCACACAAUCAUACAAUAACGGUAUUUUGACAAAUAUAAUUUGGUUCCGUCGCGGCAUUUUUAAAAUGUACAAUACAUUAACCUGUUUAGAUAUUUUUAUUGUGAAAAAAUACAUAACUGGUGAUAGUUGAUUCCAAAA